GGGGAGCCCCUCAUCAUCACCUGGGCAGCUUCCCCCUCCCCAAAUAAAUACAAAGCCGCCGCCUGCGUCCCUCUUCUCCCCCUCUCUCCUAACCUCUCGCUGCUCCUCCUACUUUGCCCAUCAUGUCCGAUCUCGUUGUACGACUCAAGACUCCCCACAGCGGCGAGUACGACCAGCCCACCGGCCUCUUCAUCAACAACGAAUGGGUCAAGGGCGUCGAGGGCAAGACCUUCGAGGUCAUCAACCCGACCGACGAGACCGUCAUCUGCUCCGUCCAUGAAGCCACCGAGAAGGAUGUCGACAUUGCCGUUGCUGCUGCUCGCAAGGCCUUCGAGGGUGAUUGGAGGAAGGAGACGCCCGAGAACCGUGGCAAGCUCCUCGUGAAGCUGGCCGAGCUCUUCGAGAAGAACAUCGACCUUCUCGCUGCCGUCGAGUCGCUGGACAAUGGCAAGGCCAUCAACAUGGCCAAGGGCGACAUUGCUGCUUGUGCUGGCUGCCUGAGGUAUUACGGCGGUUGGAGCGACAAGAUAGAGGGCAAAGUGGUUGACACCUCCCACGACACCUUCAACUACAUCCGCAAGGAGCCUAUUGGUGUCUGCGGCCAGAUCAUUCCCUGGAACUUCCCGCUCCUCAUGUGGGCAUGGAAGAUUGGUCCCGCCGUAGCUACUGGUAACACUGUCGUCCUCAAGACCGCCGAACAGACCCCGCUCUCCGCCCUCGUCGCCGCCAACCUGGUCAAGGAGGCCGGGUUCCCUCCUGGUGUCAUCAACAUCCUCUCUGGUUUCGGCAAGGUCGCUGGUGCUGCCAUCUCCUCACACAUGGACAUCGACAAGGUUGCCUUCACCGGCUCAACCGUUGUCGGCAGGCAAAUCUUGAAGGCUGCUGCCGCGUCCAACUUGAAGAAGGUUACGCUGGAGCUUGGCGGCAAGAGUCCCAACAUCGUCUUCGACGACGCCGAUAUCGAUAAUGCCAUUUCCUGGGUCAAUUUUGGUAUCUACUUCAACCACGGCCAGUGCUGCUGCGCCGGCUCCCGCAUCUACGUCCAGGACACCAUCUACGACAAGUUCAUCGAGCGCUUCAAGGAGCGCGCACAGAAGAACAAGGUCGGUGACCCCUUCCACCCGGAGACCUUCCAGGGGCCCCAGGUCUCGAAGCUCCAGUUCGACCGCAUCAUGGGCUACAUCGAGCACGGCAAGCAGGAGGGCGCCACCGUCGAGAUUGGCGGCAAGCGCAUGGGCGACAAGGGUUACUUCAUCGAGCCGACCAUCUUCUCCAACGUGCGCGAGGACAUGAAGAUCGUCCAGGAGGAGAUCUUUGGGCCCGUCUGCACCAUCUCCAAGUUCAAGACCAAGGAGGAGGUCAUUAAGAAUGCCAACAACACGACGUACGGUCUUGCUGCUGCCGUGCACACGUCAAACCUCAACACGGCCAUCGAGGUGGCCAACUCGCUCAAGGCGGGUACCGUCUGGGUCAACACAUACAAUACCCUGCACUGGCAAUUGCCCUUCGGAGGCUUUAAAGAGUCUGGUAUUGGACGUGAGUUGGGCGAGGCGGCGCUGGACAACUAUCUGCAGACGAAAACUGUUUCAAUUCGACUUGGGGACGCUCUUUUCGGCUAAGGGACGAAUGGUAACGAGUGAGGUGGGAUAUCCUGCGAAAGAACUUUGUUCUGAAUGUAUAUUAUAGGAAAGCCUGAAUGAUAAUGUGAUGGCUUAUGAUAGAUGUGGUUCGUGGCUUGUGG